AUGAAGCGCCCACCCUCGCCUCCACGUCAACACAACCCCGUCAACGAGACCAAGCAUCGCAGGACAGCAGACGCAGACGACGCAAUGUAUAGCCCAGCGCUCAAGCGACUGAAGUUUGCGCGCUUCCCGAUGCAAAUCGCGUCGCUCCCCCACGGUCUCAAGAGUAUCGACACGCUGUUGAUGACCCCAGCAGAGGCCAUAGUGGAGGCUGCGAACACGAGUCAGUUGAAAUGGCUGCGCUCUCGACUAGAUCAGCACGACUCCAAGGUUCGGAAUGAAGCCAUGAUCGCUGCGGCCAGUGAUGGCUACAUCACUGCAGUGAGAGUGCUGACGCUGGAAGUCAUCGGUGCAACAACCGAAAAGCUGGAUCCUGCGUGUCGUCAAGUUCCGACGGAUGCAGCAGCUGCUGCCGCUAGGAAUGGCCAUUUGAUUGUGGUGGAGUUGCUGCUGCUCGAAAUUGUUGCUGACAAGAGUGCCGAAUUCCUUGAGGAAGACGAGUCUGGCUCGGGCAGCGUUCCUACCCAUGAUGCGGCCUGGAAUCGAAAAAGCAUCCGGUGGUGGGCAUCUUGA